AUGCUCAAGCCUAGACUUUCAAGUUGCACUAUUGUAUGCCUUCUCAUCACAUUAAUAUUUCUUCCGUUUCAUGAUUGUUUCUCCCCAAUAAAAUCUAUUCGAUUGAUACGACAACAACAACAACAACAUGGCUUAACUUCUUUGUCGGCCCAAUACUCGGAUGAUUUCGAGCAUGAGGAAGAUGAUGAUGAUGAUGACGACGACGACGACGAUGAUGAUUACAUACCAGAAGUCGAUGUAAAGAACUUCAAGCCUCCAAAGACUGCGGCUAGCUUUGGGUUCAAUAGUGGGCGGUCAUCACCGUCAAUUCGAAAGGCAAUGGGGGUAUCGGGAAAAUCAGCUGCAAAAGUCUUUGUAUGUACAAACUGUGGAACCGAGUCGGUACAAUGGAGAGGGAAAUGCCCGACAUGCCAUGAAUGGAACACAUUUCAAGAAUUCUCUGCAAACAGAGGCAAUAGUCCAAACAACAAACUCAAGCCGCGUUUCGGAUCCAGUGCAUCUAGUGGUGGACGUAGCAGCACUUGGCUAGAUGGAAUUGAUGAUUCUGGUUACGAUCGCCCCGUCUCAGUUGAUAAGAUUGAUCGAAACGCAGAAAGUUCAAAGCGAUUGUUGAUUCCAGAUGAUGAUGAGCUAAACACUGUCCUUGGUGGGGGAUUGGUCAAGGGGUCGCUGAUCCUAUUGGGCGGCGACCCAGGUGUUGGAAAAUCCACACUAGCGUUGCAGCUAGCAGCUCAAAUAGCGGCGACUAGUACCCCACCCGUUGGAGUGGGCAUGGGCGAGGUUCCAACGUCGAUUCAAGGACCAGUUUGGUAUGUUUCAGGCGAGGAGACUAUGGAGCAAAUCGCUUCACGAGCCGAGCGCUUGCAUGUCUCGACUUUAUCUCAAUUGCUACUACUGUCAGAGACAAGUGUUGAGCGUAUUGCCAACCAAGUGGUAUCCCUUUUGGAUAUUCCAGAUGGACAAGUCGCUGAAAAUUAUCCUCCGUCUUUGAUUGUGAUCGAUUCUAUUCAAACCAUGAUGUCUGAGGACAUCAUGGGUAGUCCUGGUGGAGUCUCCCAGGUUCGUGAAUGCAUGGCUCUACUUUUGAGGCUAGCAAAGUCUACAAAAAUACCGAUCAUUUGCAUCGGACAUGUGACCAAAUCAGGUGAUGUUGCUGGUCCACGAAUGGUCGAGCAUAUGGUGGAUGCUGUGUUGUACUUGCAGAGCUCUGGUGACGAGGGAUCAUUCCGAUGGUUGAGAGCUAGUAAAAAUCGAUUUGGUACCUGCCAAGUUGUCGGCCUUUAUGAAUUCCAAGAUGGAAGACUACUGCCAAACCCGGACAUGAAAGAAAGUCCUUUGAGAGAAGAGGACGCGGAAGGUGCUGCAUUGGCAAUCACAGUCGAAGGUGGCAGCCGCGCAAUGCUUCAAGAAGUACAAGCAUUGGUGACGCCAUCGAGUAACGCUUUUGGGAAGAAAAUAGUCGACGGGUUUCCUUAUGCUCGUGUGAACUUGCUUUUGGGAGUCCUACAGAAGCAUUGUCAUGUCAUUAUUGGGAACAGGAAGGAUGUCUAUGUGAAUGUAGCGGGCACAUCAGUCAAGAAUUCGAACUCAGCAGUUGAACUGGAUUUGGCAGUGGCAAUAGCCUUGACUAGCAGUCACGGAUCCGUCCCUAUCCGCGGAGACACAGUAUUCUUGGCACAAGUUGGACUCUUGGGAGAACUCCGAGGGCUGAAAGGAGAAAUGGAAGCGCGAUUGAUCCAAGCUAGACGGACUGGGAUUUCACGAGCCAUUGUCGCGGGAAGAAAAUUUAAGAUAACUCGCAAGUUCGAUCUAGAGGUAAUCGAAUGCCCAACUUUGAAGCAGGCUUUGGAGUUGGGACUAACAUCAGGGAGUAUCCCCAGGCCACGAAAAAUGAAACGAACUACCAAGCUUAAAAGCGACUCCAACGAGCCCAACUCGCUAGAAGACCUUGACUUGGAUGACGUGAUCUUGGAUGAUGAAGAAGAUGUUGAGGACGAUUAUUUCCUCUGA